CAGGCGGGAGGGAGGGGUGGGCGAGUGCUUUCGGUGGCGUUUGGGAGUGAGUGAGUAGCGGCAGAGAGAUGGAAUGGACCCGAUCAUCGCAGAGGGCCCUGUCCGCGUGAGAGACACCAAGAAGUGGAAGUCACGAUGGGUGGUGCUGAGCAAACCUUCUCCUGUAGCAGACUGCCUGAUGCUGCUCGCGUUCAAGAGCCGCUCCGAGAGGCUCAAGGGCGCACGGCCGCGGACCUGCGCUCGCCUCCAGGAUGUGUGCGCCGUGAGCACUGGGCUGACGCUGCACAGCGCCGCUCACGUCCUCGCCGUCAGCUGCCCCUCGCUCUGCCUGCUGCUCGCCUUCGAGCGUCGCGACGUCAUGAGCGCCUGGGACGCCCGGCUGCGCUACAGCCUGGGAGAGGCGCACAGCUUCGCGGUGACGCUGGCGCCCGGCAGCCGCCUGGAGGAGGGCCCCGGCACCCUGCACUGCGUGAACCAGACGUGCGCGCUCACGAGGGGGGCGCCCCCCCGCCUGCUGGCGCGGUGGAACCUGCCGGAACUGCGGCGCUACGGCGCCGUGCCGGGCGGGUUCGUCUUCGAGGCGGGGUCCCGGUGCGGUGCAGGGGCCGGCGUGUACUUCCUGUCGAGCGCCGAGGGCGAGCAGAUGCACUUUGUGUUCGACUGCGUGGCCCGGGGCCUCUCUCCGUCGCACGCCCCGUUUGGCAUCAAGCCUGCCCUGCCAGACCUGGGAGGAGGAGGGGAGUCGCGUCGCAGUGACAGCGUCAACAAGGAGACGCAGGAGCUGGAGAUGAGACUCAGCCUCCUGUCCCUGGCCAGUGGGGAUGGCAGCCCAGCCUCCAGCCUGCCCUCGUCCUCGCCGCUAAGCUCCCAGCCGAGUCUGAGCGAGGGCCGCUCCACCCCCAGCGGCCUCAGCGACGACGCGUCCCUCCCGCCGGCGGGCAGCGCGCUCAGCAUCUCCACCACCACCACGACGUCCUCGUCGUCGUCGUCGUCGUACGGCGAGCCGCGCCGGGCGAUCGCCGCCCGCCCGUGCGCCGCCGCGGACCGCGACCGCGCCGCCGGAAAUCCUGCCGGGGGGCGGUCGCAGAACGAUGCCGCCGGCGCGUCGCGGCUGUCGCGGGCGCAGCAGCUCAGCUCGCUGGAGAGCGGCAUCGGCAGCGGCAGCCUGGACUCGUCGUCGCGCGGGAGCGUCGCGUCCUCGUCGUCGUCGGGCUCGCGCUGCGUCGCCGGCGCUCCCCGCCACCCCUCCCCGCGUCCCGACGCUUCGGCCGGGGGCAACGCCGCAGCGACCUCCGUCGACGCCCUCGUCGGCGACGGCAUCGAUGGUGGCGGCGGAGCAGCCGGCGAGCGUUCGCGCGGCGGUGGCGAGAGAGACGACGGGGCUGAUGAGCGGGCGACGCUGCGUGACCGCGACUCGCCGCGCGACCCGACCUACAGUUCGCCCCGGCCCCUCGUCGGGCAGGGCUGCAGCUGCCUGCGGUGCUGCGCAAGUGCCGUUGCGGCUACCGCGAGCGCCGCCGCCGCCGCCGCGAGCGAUGACAAAUCCUCGACGCGACAUCGCUGCCGGGCGGACGCGGACAGAGCGCGCCCGUUCCUGCGCCGUCAGCCGCUGGCGGCGUCGUCGUCGCUGGACGUGCCGCCGCGGGAAGCCGCCGAUUCGGAGUCGCCGCGAGCGGCCGCGAUGCUCCAGACGCGCUCGCUGAGCCACGACGUGCCGCAGUCCAAGAUGAGCGCCGAGGAGUUCGAUUGGCUCUCGCUGCUGGCCAAUCAGGAGGUGCGGCGGGGCCUGGAGCCGCGCGGCGUCGUGGGAGGCGGGCGUGCCGCCACCCUGCCGUCGGACGGCGGCGCCGGGGACCGAUCGGCGGCGCGCGCCGCGCCUGGGCCCUACUUGACCUUCGAGCAGUGGCGCAGAGCGACGCUGGAGCCGCAGAGGAGGCCGCAGCGCGACGACGAGACGGGGAGUGUGCCCAGUCCCCUGCGCAUUGUGGAGAGAUCCGUGGACCCUGGAGACCUGCAGGAGACAAACGCGGGGCUGAGAGAUGCGGGGCUGAGAGACGCGGGGCUGAGAGGCGCAGGAGCGCAAGGCUCGGAUCGAGCAUCAACGCUGACUCCAGUCACCCGUCUGUAACCGAGCGGAGCACGGGGCGUCAACACAGGCUCGCGCCGGAGCCGGCGGCACAGCGGGAGAUCGCAGAACACAGGAGGACGGGGGGGGGGGCAGGAGGACGAGGAGGAGGAGGGGGGGACUUUGCGGUGGGAGGAAAGAACUUCACGGCUGCGUUGGGCGCACACAAUUUUGUUGGGGGCAGGGGGAGGCUGCUGAGGUAGUCGGGGACCAGUGGUGGCUUCUCGUUGGGGGCCGGUUGGGGCCAUUUGGGGGGCCGGUGGCGCCAGUUGGGGCCAGUUGGGUUGGGGGGGCGGUUGGAACCGGUUGGGGCCGGUGGGGCGGCUCAUCCCCCCCCCCCCACCUCUCAUUCGCCUACUCCCCCUCCUCGCCUCCCCGACCUUACGUGACCCCGCCAGUCCAACUGCCCACCAGGAGCAGCCACCGCUUUGGGACAUGGGCCGCCUUGGAGACGCGCACGAGGAGGGCUCAGAGGUCGCAAACGGGUUUUGAUUCCUUACCCGUACCCGUACCCGGCCGCACCAGGGUCGCAAAUGGGUACCCGUACCCGGCCGGGUACGGGUACCCGUUCCCUACCCGUACCCUACCCGAAAUGAGUGACAAACGGUUACUCACCAGUGACUCACGGCCUACCCGGCUACCCGUACCCGGCCGGGUACGGGUAGCCAGGUAUCGGGUAGGGUACGGGUAUCGGGUACCCGGUUGUGACCUCUGGGAGGGCUCCUUGCCGAGAGGGGGCCGCGACGUUGCGUGCUGCCGCAGGUCACGCCAGCGAUUCCGCCCGGCCCCUCCGACGCUUCUCUUUCCGCUGUGCAGUUGCCGCAGGAGACAAAGCGGUUGGGUUUCUUUUUUUCCACUGCACAAGCCGAACUGUGCCACUGGCUUCGCAAGCCUCCCACCCCACCCCCCACUGCUUAACGCAAAGCGAAAUUCAGGUGUCCCGUGAGGCCGGCGUAGCACGGUUUGGUGUUGGCUCGGCACGGCAAAUAACCGGUGGGAAAACACCGCGUACCAUGCCAUGAGGACCCCCCCCCCCGCCAUCCCCCAUGGCUCGGCUCUGAUGUGCAAGUGGAAAAAGAAUGGGGGCGUAAUUCCCUCCAAGCACCAGCCUCACCUCUCGCCCGCCGUUGCCUCUCCGCGACCAACAACCAACCAACAACAAACUCUACCUCCCGAGAAACAACACAACACAAUCCUCCCGCCGACGACGACGUCAAACUUUCCAUUCCCGCCCUCUCCACCGUCGGCAUCCACCCCUGGCUUCUGGGCCUUGCCCUUUUCUUUUUUAUACCGCGGGUCACGGCCUUGACGUUGCUUGGGCCCCCGUGGGGGAGAUGCCAAUUGGAGGGGGGGGGGGGCAGGAGGGGGGCGGGGAUGGGGGGAGGGGAUGGGGGGGGGCGUCUCGCUUUGAAGAGCUCCGGUGACAGAAGCAGCGGAAGCUUUGAGCUCCCCCCCCACCCCCCCACCCCCAAAGUCAUGGUUUACGACAAAGGUUCACGUUUCCAUUAAACGUGUGUGGGCGGCCGUGUAGUCAUGGAUGGGUGGAUUAUAGAUAUAUUCCGUACGUGUGUCACUACGGCUCCAGUCUUCUGUUUUUUUUAUUGUUGUGUAAAUAAAAACGGGCGCUUUAUGCUGCUGCGCUGGCCACGCGUUGUGUGCCGCAGAGGGCAAUUGGCAGCACUAUCCGUUGCUGUCGUUGUACUCCACUUCUGUGUUUGCCGCAUCUCUGCUCCCCAGUAGGGCUCGGUUAUUCUCGUGGAAUAUUUUCCAGGCGCCGCCCCCCGCCCCACGAACGGAGCUCAGCCCCGGACAGCUCCAGCUGAGAUGACCCCCGUGCCGCCAAGGUGACCCCUACCACCCAAAUGGCUGUGUGUGGGGGGGGGGGGGAUACCCUCAAUAGCAGCGGUCCUAACCUUUUUGGCACCAGGGACCGGUUUCGUGGAAGACAAUUUUUUCACGGAGCGUGGGGGGGUCAUCAUUGAGUAUUUCCCCCUUUUCAAAGAACCUCUCCAGCGACGUUUGUUUUUUACUCAUUGUGGCUACCAGGGGUUAGCAGCUUGUGGGCUUACCAACACUGACUGAGACAAGUGUGCAGUGUGGGCAAGAGGCGCGGACGGAAGUGGUAAAUAAAAUAUUGGGGGUGGGCCACGUGCAGACACACCGCUCACCACUAUGCGGUGUGUAGAGUGUGUACACGCGCGGACUCACGGCUCACCACGAUGCGAUGUGUAGAGUGUGUACACGCGCGGACUCACCGCUCACCACGAUGCGGUGUGUAGAGUGUGUACACACACGGACUCACCGCUCACCACGAUGCGGUGUGUAGAGUGUGUACACACAUGGACUCACCGCUCACCACGAUGCGGUGUGUAGAGUGUGUACACACACGGACUCACCGCUCACCACGAUGCGGUGUGUAGAGUGUGUACACACACGGACUCACCGCUCAACCACGAUGCGGUGUGUAGAGUGUGUACACACACGGACUCACCGCUCACCACGAUGCGGUGUGUAGAGUGUGUACACACACGGGCUCACGGCUCACCACGAUGCGGUGUGUAGAGUGUGUACACACGCGGACUCACCGCUCACCACUAUGCGGUGUGUAGAGUGUGUACACACGCGGACUCACCGCUCACCACUAUGCGGUGUGUAGAGUGUGUACACACACGGACUCACCGCUCACCACUAUGCGGUGUGUGGAGUGUGUACACACACGGACUCACCGCUCUCACCUCCUGCUGCUUUGCGGCCCGGUUCCUAACAGGCCACUGACCGGUACCGGUCCGCUGCCCGGGGGUUGGGAACCCCUGCUCAAUAGGGCUGUUCGUGUCAAUAACAAUAAGUCACAGUAAUUUAAUUAAUCUAUUUACCUCCUUUGUCAAUCCACUGCUGGAUAAAGACGUCUCCAAGCUAUCAGUUAUGGGUGGGAGUUGCUGGGGGCGGGGGGGGGGGGUGUUUUGACCAUACUUCUCCACGCUGGUCAGUUGUCGGGUUCGUGAAGCUGAGAGCACAGGUUUAGAUCCCACUCUCAACUCGUGUUAGCCACGGCUGGGAAUUGAACUCUCACUGGCCAGGUUCACCGCACGUGCAGCUGCUGUAUUAACUAUUCAUAUAUUUGGCGAGCGGACUUUGGUGGUGGAUCGUCAAUAAACCCAGAGCGUGUUGAAUUCGAUCCAAACAUGACAACAGAAUUCCACGUUUCUCUCACGACUGGGACUGCCUCUGACUCCUCCGUGGUCUCCACCAAAGACAAAGUUCCCCCAUGUAGCCUCAACAGACUGUUAGGGCAAGUGCUGUUAGCGAGCACCUAUGAAGGCCGGCACGGCACACGAGGCGGUGGGUGGCUAGCACCACGCCCGGCUGCCUUUGUCUCCCCAGUGGCGAUGUUUUACACAUCGCACCAGGUACUCAUUUGGGGUUGAGUCGACCUCGAUGAGGCCCAGGACCGGCUCAGAUAAUUGUCACUGGUGUUGGCCGUGAGUGGAAUUCGUACUUGGGAUCGCCACAGUUCGUAGCGUAGCGCGCUAACCGCUUCCUCACCGUUCCUCACCACUACCACAGCCACCACUACCACAGCCACCACGACCACAGCCACCACGACCACAGCCACCACUACCACAGCCACCACUACCACAGCCACCACUACCACAGCCACCACUACCACAGCCACCACCACCACAGCCACCACCACCACAGCCACCACCACCACAGCCACCACCACUACCACAGCCACCACUACUACAGCCACCACCACCACUACCACAGCCACCACUACCACAGCCACCACUACCACAGCCACCACUACCACAGCCACCACCACCACAGCCACCACCACCACAGCCACCACUACCACAGCCACCACUACUACAGCCACCACCACCACUACCACAGCCACCACUACCACAGCCACCACCACCACUACCACAGCCACCACGACCACAGCCACCACGACCACAGCCACCACUACCACAGCCACCACUACCACAGCCACCACUACCACAGCCACCACUACCACAGCCACCACCACCACAGCCACCACCACCACAGCCACCACUACCACAGCCACCACUACUACAGCCACCACCACCACUACCACAGCCACCACUACCACAGCCACCACCACCACUACCACAGCCACCACUACCACAGCCACCACUACCACAGCCACCUCCUGUUCAGAUCUGAAGUACCCAACUCUUUAUCGUAUUGCGAGGCCGACGGACAAAUCAUUCCUGCGUAACCCUCCGUGUCACAAAACACAUUUAGGGAACAGCUACGUCCAUAAACCAAAAUCACGUUCUGAGAGCAUAUCGUCUUUAGCUCGGCUAUUUUCUAUUCAGACGCAUUUAUUUAUUUAUUUCUCUUAGAUCGUGAUGUAUUUAUUUUUAUUACAUUUUGUUGGGGUCCGUCAACGUCUUGCUGCUGCUGCUGCAUGUCGGGUAACUUUCCAUAUCCGGUCGCGUCAACGUUUUACGUCGUGUUUAUUUUUAUUAUUAUUCCUAUUUGUGUCUCGUAUACUUUUGAAACAUUAAUUAUACAUGUCCUCGCUCUCACGGCGCUCCUAUCACACACGUGGGUUUACAAAUGCGUAAGUUGUAAAUAGUCUGGAGAGCGCAAUAAAUGCCUCGAGCG